AUGUCGUCCAAAUACAAGGAUAAGGACACUGGCGUCGUCCUCAGCUUCAACGGAAGCUUGGUGAGCUGGGCGCACACUGCCAUCGCGUACACUGCCUUCCUGAGCGCCUUGGUUAUCGGCGUCUACCUGCACUACCACAAGAUCGUCCAGAAUGAGUUUUACGGCUACCCGCAAGAAUGGUUCCCUUCAGUGUCGGCCACCAUUGGCGAUCGCUACCCCGAGCGCUCCUUCUUUAUGAUCUUUAUUGCCAUCACGGCUGGUCCUCGAUUCGCCCUCGUUGGUCUCUGGUAUCUCCUCACGCGCAGACCCGGCCACAAGCUCCCCACCUUCGUCGCCCUCAUGGGCCUCUUCCGAACCCUGACUUGCGGCGGAUGGACAUAUAUUACUUCUACAGAUGAUCACGAUUGGCACGAUAUCCUCAUGAUUUCCUACAUUGUCGCGACGCUUCCGUGGACGACGGGCUGCAUCGCCCUCAGCCCCGCCAACCCCCAGGCCAUCAAGUAUCGCAAGUACCUGGCCUCUGCAUUCUUCGGCACGCUUGUCCCGUUAAUCUACUUUUUUAUCCAGCACAAGGUCCACCGUGUUGCUGGGGCCUAUACCACAUAUGCCUUCUUCGAAUGGUCCUUGAUCCUCUUGGACGUAGCCUUCGACGCUGUGACGGCGCUCGAUUUCAAUACCUUCGACAUUGUAGUCAAAGACGUCAAGGGCGCGAGCAAGGGUGAGAACCGAUCAUCCGUCCCAUCUGCCGUCCUAGAGAAGGAAAAGGAAAAGGCCACAGGCGGCGUAUUUGCUACUCGCUUCAGCUGGUCCGAGGUUUUUGAUAUCGCCGCUGAAGUCUAUCAUGGAUACGUCUUCUGGACCAUUCUGACCAGUCUCGGUCUUGUGGUGUGGUACUUCCCGCUCUGGUACAUGGGCAUUUCUGGAUACGAGGUCCUUGUCAUGACGACUGUUUCGCCGUUUCUGCUUGCCAAUCGCUCUGUGCGAUCCCUGGUGGUGAACAACCUCCGUAUUGUCCACAUGUUGUCUCUGGCAGGCAUUGCCGCCUACCUCGUUGAGGAGCCCAGCCUUCGUCUUUUCACUGUUGGUUUUGGCGUGACAAUGUCUUGCCUGGGUUGGGCAGCCACUCUUUUCACCGAGUCUGCUCACGAUGGCCGACUCGAGUCCAAGAUUCUUGGAUGGAUGAUUGGCCUCAUUCUGUCGUCUGCUGCCAAGUUUGCUUGGUGGACCAACAACCCCAUCUGGCCCAUUAUGCAUGCUGCGAACGGUGGAUGGAACAAUACUGGACUUGUGCUCGGCAUCCUGGCUGCCCUUCGUUUCACCCGACGGGCGCCUCUCACCGUUGGUAUCAAUACAGUCCCCGCCAAGACCGGUUCGAGCUUCCUUGCUUCUCUCGGCCUUGCCGGACUGUUCUUUGGUCUUCAUUCGUUGCUGUCUGAUACCAGCACUAUGAUUCUCUGGGGAUGGGAAGGAUAUCCCAUCCGAGGACCCUACUUCUCCACUCAUGGCUGGCUCACUGUCCUCGCCAUGUCACUGGGACUCUUUGGCGGAGUCUGGCAACCCAGAAUUGCCAGCAGCUGGGGUGUUUUCAUUGUUGGCUCGAUUGGUGCCGGGUUCCUGACUUGCUACAGCCACUGGCCCGGAUAUUAUGGUGCUCUCACGCUCGCUGCGUAUCUGAUGGCCUUCUCUGUGCCCAUGCUCACUCAUGGAGCCAAGACGAACCCGGCGACGACAUUUGGAGUUGGCUUCCUCCUCUACAACUUCUUGGUUCUGUUCCAUGUCUGGGUCGUAGCCUAUGCUUUUGUUCCAGGUGGCCAGCUCGUCCGUGAGCAUACCGAUUGGAUCAUGAUCUCCAUGAUGACCUGUAUCGGCGUGGGUGUGUUCGGCAUCAACACCUCAAGUCCUCAGCGACAAGCGUCCAAACGGGCUCUGCCCACUCAGAGGCGAAAGUACUUUGGCAUUUCCACCAUCCUCAUCAACAUUUUCUUCCUCAUUUCCGCUUUCAGGCGUUUCCCAACCAACGACUACAAGCCGUACCACCCUGAGGACCGUAUUCUCACUGCUGGUAUUUGGACAAUUCACUUCUCGUUCGACAACGAUAUGUGGGCUUCGGAGUACCGCAUGCGAGAUCUUAUCAAGGAGCUCGAGAUCGAUGUCAUUGGCCUGCUCGAAUCCGACAACCAGCGUAUCAUCAUGGGCAACCGUGAUGCUACCCAGUUCCUCGCUGAGGAUCUCGGCAUGUAUGUCGACUACGGUCCGGGACCUAACAAGCACACCUGGGGCGCUGCUCUCUUGUCCAAGUUCCCUAUCCUGAACUCAACGCAUCAUCUCCUGCCAAGCCCUGUUGGCGAAUUGGCUCCUGCUAUCCACGCUACUCUUGACGUCUACGGACAGCUGGUGGAUGUGUUUGUCUUCCACUCUGGCCAGGAGGAGGACGUGGAGGACCGACGUCUUCAGACCCAGUACCUCGCCGAGCUCAUGGGCUCAACUCCUCGUCCAGCAUUCCUUCUUAGCUACUUGGUGACGAAGCCUCUAGAGGGCAACUACAACACACACGUUAGCAAGAAGUCGGGUAUGCACGACGUGGACCCAUCAGACUGGGACCGUUGGUGCGAGUACAUCCUCUUCAAGCGCCUUAAGCGCGUAGGAUACGCGCGCGUCAGUCGCAGCAGCAUCACCGACACUGAGCUGCAGGUGGCCAAGUUCAGGAUCCCCGAGUCACCCGAGGAGAUCGCCAAGCUGGAGGCUCAGCCAGCCAAGGAGCGCAACCGCCGGGUGAAGGAGUCGGAGGUGCCAAAGGGAUGGAGAUUCCCGGCCAUGUUCCGCGGCGAGGGCGUGCGGGAGCAUAGAUACCACGUUUUCGAUGAGCCCAGGUACUUUAACUAG